UUUCCUGUUUGCUUUCCAGUGAAGUCAUGCAAGAUGCAUCUGCAAGGGUUACUACUGCUGGCUUUCGUUCCUUUUUGCAUCUCACGGCCGUCGUCUACCGAACCACCGCCGGUCGAUGGAGAAGUACCACCGGUCGAUGGAGUUGGUCCACGUGACGAAGGGACAAAAAAACUGGUGAAUGGUCAAGUCUACGGAGUUGACGAUGAAAUACAUGAAACAGUCGACCCAGAUGAUCCCAUGGUCGAUGAAAUUGGUGAUGAGGAACGUCCUAAAAAAGCCGAAGAACUGUGGGGCAUACCAUCCUCAUUCAAGGACAGCACCCUUAAGCAGUGGGGAAAGUAGAUAAACGGCCAAAACUCUGUACCAGAGCAAGAAUCAGAACAAGAUUCACUGGUUAUAUUGCAAAUAUAUCGUCUUGAAACGUUUA